AUGGCUUCAAAUUCAAUGCCAGGAGGAUGGAAAGAGCAAUCAAUCGAUGACAAAGAUAUUAUUUUAUUGGGUCAGAAGAGUGUUGAUAAAUUUAAUCAACAGUCAAAUGAUUUGGCCUACCAUGGAUUUGUCAAAGUUAUUUCUGCCAAGUCACAAGUUGUCGCAGGUGUCAAUUACGAACUUCAAGUUUUAGUUGGUGAAACAGGAACUUUAAAAAAUGUUGUUCCUCAUGACAAGUUGACUGAAGAACACAAGAAAGUUAAGGAUAAUGGACGUAAACAAAUUGUCACUGUUGGAGUUUGGUUAAAACCAUGGGAAGAUUUUGAAGAAUAUACAAUUAAAGGUGUCAAACAAGCUUAA